AUGAUCUUGUCGAAGAAAAGAAGAAGGAAAGAAGUAGAGAAUCACGAAGUGUUCGUGUAUGAAGUGCCAAUCUAUAAUAUAAAAGAUGAAUAUUGAGAGAAGGUUACUCAAAGGAAAGGACUUUGCUUGAGAACCAGUCCCCAUCCGGACAUAGUCGCUGUUGUUAACGAACCGGAGUCUCAGUGGCAAGAGCCUUGGGCUUACCACGUGUUCUGUCUUGAUCAUUUGUCCUCCCAGUUCCAUGGCGUUUUUAAAGACAACAAACUGAGAAACCUUGUCGAGAAGGCUGGAUCCACGUGGAAGAAGGAAGAGUUUGAUUCUUACAUGAAGGAGAUGAAAGAGAAGAACCAAGAAGCUUGGGAAUGGUUGGAUAAGUUUCCUCCGCAGCAGUGGGCUCUGUCUCAUGACGUUAGUCGUCGGAGAUACGGAAGCAUGACGAUCAACACUAUAGCUCUCUUUGCGGUUUGUGAGAGGUUUCCGAAAGUUGGAAUGGCAUGUGGCGUGAUGCUUCAGUUUGGUGAGAUGAGAGACAAUUUCCAAGAGUCUUUUAGCCUAAGCCGUUGCUCUCUUAACCGAGGCCAUGUGUACACAGAAUUCGUCACGCUUGAAAAGUUCACAACAGGCUCAGUUACUUGCGUUGUGAAGCCGUUGGAGAGAGAUGGUGCGUUUCAGGUCACAACGACCUCGAAGAAAAAGAAGAGGACAGUGCUUUUUAGGAGAGGGCUUUCUGUGGAUCGGUCGGAGGAUGACUCGAGCUGCGAGAUUGUUCAGUUGAAUGACUUAACAUGCACUUGUGGGGAGUUUCAAAGGAGCAACUCUCCAUGUGUGCACGCUCUAGCUGUCUGCGAUAAGCUAAAAAUCAAUCCUUUGCAAUAUGUAGAUGACUGUUACUCUGUUGAACGGUAUCACAAAAAUUACGCCGCCAAAUUCAAUGAUGUUCCUGAGGUAUCUGCUUGGCCUGAAGCUACUGGAGUUCCGAGGUUGCUUCCUCCGGUCAUUGAGCCUCCCUCAGCUAAAGCAUCAGGAAAAGGGGAAGAGACUGAGGAUGAUCAUCUUGAAGAAGAAGAAGAAGAUGAUGAAGAAGAAGGAGAUGAGGAUGAAGAAGAAGAAGAAGAAGAAGAAGAUGAAGAAGAAGAAGAAGAAGAAGAAGAAUGA